GGGCUCCUGCAGCCCCUCCCGGAGCGAUGCCAGGGCCGCGGGCAGGCGGCGGCCCCGCGCCCGAGGCGCCCCUCAAGACUGUUCCUUCCCGCCGGUGUUCAGCACCAUCGCUCUUAUUCAGCAAAGGUUUGAGAAAGCCAUGGUUGCCUUCAGCCAGUUCACAGGAGGUAAAGGAGCUCUGGCUGGACUCACUCCUUGGGCAAACAAAAAGAUUGAAGGAAACCAGAGUGUCCAGAGCUCCCCCAGUCAAACUCCUAAUGAAAGUGUUUAGCAGCUGUAAUACUUCAAAGACACUAAAUGCUGGGAACAUGGAGAGUCUGAUUGAGUGCCAGUCAGAGGCUGAUGCCAAGAAAUGUCCCCCGUUGGUCCCAGCAGAUGCUGAAGACAGACUUUGCCUCUCCACUGCAGAUGGAACAAAGAAAAGAAAGAAGUUGAUAUCACAAUCAUUUACUCUGAGACGAAGCUUUACCAAUGGAAAUUCCCCAGGGCAACUAGACUCGGGUGCCAAAAUCACUCUAUUUGGCCAGCCUCUCACAAUUAUCUGCGGAGAAGAUGACACACUGCCCCAGCCAGUCCAGGAUCUCCUAGCUAUAUUGUAUAUGAAAGGACCUUUCUCUGAAGGGAUAUUCAGAAAAGCUGCCAACGAGAAAGCACGAAAAGAAUUGAAGGAGGACCUCAACAAAGGUGGCAAUGUGGAUUUGAAAAGCAAAUCUGUGCACCUGCUGGCAGUGGUUUUGAAGGACUUUCUCCGAAAUAUUCCCUCCAAACUCCUGUCAGCUGACCUCUAUGAGAAGUGGAUGCAAGCUCUGGAGAAGCCAAGCAAGCAGGAAAAAAUUGAAGAAUUGAAAGAGGUGGCUGACAAACUGCCUAAACCAAACCUUGUCUUGCUCAAGCACUUGCUCUCUCUCCUCCGCCACAUCAGCCAAAACGCCGAGACCAACAGGAUGGACUCCAGCAACCUGGCCAUCUGUGUUGGCCCAAAUAUGCUGAGCCCAGAGACGGACAGCACGCUCCCACUGGAAGUACAGAAGGAGAUGAAUGACAAGGUGACAGUGUUGGUGGAGUUCCUCAUAAACAACUGCUCAGAAAUAUUUGAGGAGGACAUUGCUUUCCCUGUCUGUGCCUCAGCUGAGGAGUCACCAGAGCACACAGACAGCUCCACAGAACAGCUAUGUGCUGCUCGUCAGAAUGACUCCGCCUACGACAGCCCAGAUCCUGAAGCUGAAGGAAGCCCCUGUACCUCUGAGAGGAAGCAGCAUAAAGGGUGGAACGCUACUGUGAGCAGAAGACAUCCAACACACAUCUCUGCCUCUUCACUGACUAAUUUCAGAAAUGACAUCAGCAUGAUGGAUAGGAGGUACUCAGAGUCAGACUUGUCCUUCCAGAAUCGCCUUGAUAGCACAAUAAGGAAACAGAAGCUAAAUAAAAGUGAGGACAAUUUUCCGGUUCCCCAGAAACAGGUGGGGUUGGAGGCACUGGAGAAACGGCUUGCAGUCUUACCUUCACAUUUAUCAACUGACUCUCUACCUAAAACAUCCUCCAGUUGUUCCCUGGAGAGCUCUGAUGGCUCAGUCUUCACCAGCUCCCCAGUAGUUUCGCCCUCUAGUCCCAAAAAAACCUUUUUAAAUAGGCCGCAGUCCUUUUCCACCAAGGCCACCGAAGACUGCAGUACACCUAUCAGAGAGAUCAAAAAACAUUCCAUGUCCUUCUCUUUUGCAAACCACAGGAAAACACUAAUAAAAACCCAGAGUUGGGGGCCUGGAAAAAACAUUUUUUUUCAGAGAGACAGUUUCAUAAAGAAAGAAGAUCAGUUCUCCUGCAGAAUUGUCCAGGAGAACAGUCCUAAUGAUGACAAACCAUCGCCUGUGGAGUAUCAGCAAAGGCCCCGUUUCAGGUCGGUUGAUGAAGUGUUCAGAGAGGUAGACCAGAGGAAUCCUGGAAGACCACCCUCUUAUGAAGAGGCUGUUAAAAACUGCCUGGCCACUAAAGUUGCCUCCCACAGUCUCACGGUUCAAACUAUGAGAUUAGCAGUGUCAAACCAGGAUGCUCCGCUGCCUCAUCCAUGCAGCAACAGUGCACGGGAUACAGCAUAUAUGGCUCUAAGGGAUCUACCCAAUGCCAGAGUUUCUGCAACAAAGGAUUCUGAUGUGGAAACUGAAACCUUCAGUGUCACUGUGGGAGUAAACUCCCGUGUGAAUUUACCUGUGACCCCAGGAGUCUACCGAUUGAGAGCCAUGUCUGAAUCCUGUCAAAAGAACAAACUUGAGUACAUUGCUCGGAGGUGCAGCCAGCCAGUUUUUGAGGCAGACCAGAUCCAGUAUGCUAAGGAAUCAUACGUGUAAAAAGCCUAUCUUUCCUCUUUGCACUGUACAUACUGUAAAAAUAGAUAUCUUCUCAUCCUUUGUAAGAUUUUACUUUCAAGAGACUAAGAAUAAGCUAGGUCUGCAUGAACUUUUUCUUCCUGAAGUGUCUGCCAGCUUGACAUGUCAUGUUCUUUCACCACAAGAGGUGAUGGUGGUGAAGACCUGUAUAUCAUCAUGUAAAAAUGUGAGUGUGUUGUACAUAACCUGUUGUGUGGGAAAACUAGUUAGUAGAUGAUAAACCAUGUUGUAUUUGUAUCCCUGAAAGGACAAUUAAAAGGUUGGCAGGUCCAAAACCUGUCCCACCUUCUUUUUGUGUUCCGUAUGGUCACAGACUCUGUACCAUUUGUUAUGUAUGUGCCAGGCUGAUGCAAUGCUUUGCUUAUUUUCUACAUUAAGAAUUGGGCUGGCAGUUAUCCUAAAGGGGGAAGACGUGUUCUGUCAUCAAAGACACUUCAGUACUUUUCCAUAAACCUCCUGUACCUGCUGCCAUUCUGUCUUCCUGCUUGCUGGUGAUGAGAAUGAUCUGAGCACUAACCAGCAUUAGUGUUGUCUACCGAGCCUGGGGUUAGAGGUACCAAAGCCCUACGAGGUCAUUAUGAGAAUGUGUCAAGUAAUCCUCAUGUGGUCUGAAGUGCUUUUGGUUUAAAUAAACUGGAUAGGCUAAGAAAAGAAAGGAAGAAAGAAAGAAAGAAAG